AUGGAUGAGCCGCCGAGCUCGUUGCCGGCCGACGCCACCGUGUCGAGGGAGCCGGCCAGGGCUACCGCCGUCGCCGGAGGCCCGCGCGUGCCCUGGCCCGGCUCGCCUUCGUGGGCUGGCCUCCGCGGUGCCCGGCGCCAGAGGAGGAUGGGGAGCAGGGGUCGUGGCCGCGGCUGCCGCGCGCACCCCGCCCUGCUCGCCAUGCCGCGCGCGUUCGCCGCACGCUUGCCGGCCUCAAGGGCGCGUCCGCCACGUGCACCCUGCCCUGCUCGCCGGCGCUCCGCCCCCUGCUCCGGCCGCGCGCGCUCCGCGGCAGCUCCUUCCUCCCGCGGCGGCUGGAGCAUGAAGGUGUCGCCGCCACCCGCGCGAGGUUCCGCGCCGCGCCGUCCUGCCCGCGCGCGGGAUGCCUGGCCGAUCCCGCCGCGCGCCGGCUCCGCCUCGUGCAGGCCACCGGAGCUCGUGGCGGAGGGGUGCGAGAUGCCUGAGUUGCAUUGCCAAAUCCGGACGCAGUCGAUAGAUGAAUGGUCAAAAAUAGACUUUAUCCUAAUAACUAAUAACUAUGAUCAUGAGGCCAUCUGUGCGAGUCAACUCAUAACACCCUCCCCUCGCCCUUCACUCUCGCCGUCUCGCGCGGCUCCUCCUGCCCCGGCGGCGCGCCGCCCUUGCCCGGGGACCGGGGCGGGAGGCGGGAGCGGCGCCGAGGCCUACACAACAGACGAGGCGCUGUCGCGGCUCGGCUUCGGCCGGUUCCAGGCGCUCCUGCUUGGGUUCCUGGGCACCGGCUGGGUCGCGGAGGCCAUGGAGGUCCUGCUGCUGUCCUUCGUGGGCCCGUCCGUGAAGGAGGAGUGGGGAGUCUCCGGCGGGGCAGAGGGCCUCAUCACCAGCGUCGCCUUCGCCGGCAUGCUCCUCGGGGCGUGCGUCGGUGGCCUCGUCUCCGACAGAUACGGCAGACGGGCUGGUUUUCUAUUCACUGCAAUCGUCAGUGGUGUGCCUGGUUUUCUCUGCGCGUUCUCACCUAACUAUGCGACCUUGCUGGCUUUGCGCUUCGUCGUUGGCCUUGGCCUGGGUGGCAGCCAUGUGCUCCCUACUUGGUUCCUGGAGUUCGUCCCGGCUGAAAACAGAGGUUCCUGGAUAGCUGCUUUUACAUGUUUCUGGACCCUUGGAACAAUAUUAGAGGCUCUACUUGCUUGGGAGCUGGAAUUUCUAGCCAGCCUAAACAAUUGGAGAGCAUCCGCAACUCCAACAUAUGACUGCAUCUUUUCAGAAAACAGAAAUAAAGUGUUAAUGACAUUCGAGGAACAAUCCCCUCGGCUAUCAUGCCAAUACUUGGAUGAAGAUGGUUACUUGCAUUUUCCUCCACGCCAUGUUUCAUACUGCUUUUUUUCUCUAGUGUGAUACCUGAAUCACCAAGAUACCUUUGCUCAAGAGGUAAAAUAAGUGAAGCUAUGCUUGUCCUGGAGAGAAUGGCAAGAAUGAAUAACAGUACGCUCCCUCCUGGCACUGUAACCUCUGAACCAAAAAGGAAAGAGGACAACUAUGAUUCGUCUGUUACAACACUUCUACUUAUGACAGAAGACAACCUCGGACAUGAUGAGGGCACAAGCACCAAAUCCAGUUACAAAAAUAUAUUUCGAGCUUUUUGGUCACGUGAUCUGAUUCGAUCAACUCUUCUUCUUUGGCUUGUCCAUUUUGCAAGUUAUUUUGCCUAUUAUGGACUAGUAUAUCUAAUCUCUGAACUAAGCAGUGGUAGGAGUCAACCUAAGGAUUCCACCAUUUACAUAAAUGUGUUGGUGACCAGUUUUGCAGGUAAUAUUGUGGUUUUCUGCAGGUAACCAUUUACAUAAUAUUGCAGGUAACCAUUUACAUAUUGUGGGCUUAACAAAAUUUAAUCAGAAUGAUGAAUGUUUCCUUCCGAUUUUCAGUAGCUGCUGCUAGUUUGAGUUAAGAUAUGAUCUCUAACUAUCCUGGAAGAAACUUCUGCUCAUGUUGUACAUAUUAUUCCUAGAUUAUUUUCUUGGCAAACGAUUGUUGUUCUCGUUUGGAAUUUAGAUUUAUUGUUCUGGGAGUGUGGUUAUUAUCAAUAUAAAAAAUCAUAUCCUUUAAUCAAAUAGUAGGUAAAACAAAACAAUUAAACUGCAGCAUAUUUAGUAACUGCAGAACAUGGUUCUAAAGACACUAUUUCCUGUUUGCCAAAGAAAAAUGAAAAGGUUAUACAAUUAUUGAUUGCAAUUGUUGUUCUGUCAAAUAUUAUUCAAAUGCUACUUUCUAAGAAGAAUUAAUUAAGUAUUUUAAUAGCUAAAGCCUUUGCUUUAUUUGUGGCAGAGUUUCCUGGUCUUCUUUUGGCAGCGCUACUGAUUGACAGGAUCGGUCGGAGAGUAACACUGGGAUGCAUGAUUUUGUUGUGCUGUGCCUUUAGUGCACCGCUUUCUAUACAGUUGAGAGAAGGUUUAUCAAUCAUCCUUCUCUUCUGUGCACGCACUUGUGUUAUGGGGGGCUUUGCUGUUCUUCAUGUUUAUUCCCCUGAGAUCUACCCUACAUCUUGUCGCAACACCGGAGUUGGGUUUGCUAAUUUCAUUGGUCGAGUUGGAAGCAUCGUUGCUCCUCUCACGAUAACUGCAUUGCUAGAGAACCACCACCAGAAAGAAGCCGUGCUUGUGAUGGAUCUGGCACUUUUUCUUGAAGGAGUGGCGUGUACCUUGUUUCCUCGAGACCAAGGGCCGUGAAAUUCAUUGAUACUUCAGAAUCAGAUGUAUAUCAUGUCAUUGUCAUCAUUGUAACAUUUCUUAUACCAUCAACUUUGUCAGGCUUGUAUAGCCCCAGCUUUGACGAUGGAGCUACUGCCUGUAUAGAUAACUGUGGAUAGAAAUAGGCAAAUCAAAAUUCUUCCUUUUAUUUUCUCCUUUAUAUCACCUGCCUCAAGUCCCAAAUUCGUAUUGGAAUAUGGGAAUACACGUCUCAAGCUGUACUUCCAUAUGUAGGCUAGUUAUAUCUGAACAGAUUGUUUUAGCUGUAUAAAAUUUGUGUACAGCUUACAUUAAGCUAUUUUGUGAUCGUCGAAAUUGAUGUUUUCUA